CAGGUGGUAACCCUUGUUUCUGUGUUCAUGUGAAGUAUGUGAUCGUAUUUUGUAAUAACUUUUGUGAGGUUAGUUUUUCUUCAUGGAAUCACUAAGAACAGAAAUCUAAACACUAACGACCAACAAUUGUUUUUCAAGUUAAAGGCUACUAAACACGAUUAAUAAAUGUCUGAAAGAGAAAUCGAGCAAAAUAUUGAACCAAAUGUGACUGCGCCUAAAUAUUGAAAAAAUGGGCGAACAUUAUAAUUUGCGUUGGAAUAAUUAUUCCAACAAUUUGAUACAGGUUUUUUCAGAACACCAGCACCAAGAAAUACUGGUAGAUGUAGUUCUCAUCUGCGAAGGACAAUAUGUAAGGGCACACAAACUAAUUCUGUCUGCUUGUAGUAGCUUCUUUCAGGAAAUGUUUAAGGCCUAUGGUAAUAUUUCAAAUCCGUUUAUUGUGAUGAAUGGAAUCAAGUUGGCACAUCUGCGUCACAUCAUUGAAUUUAUAUAUCAUGGAGAAAUAAAAGUUUUAGAUUCUGAUCUCGAAGGUGUUUUAGCAUUAGGAGAAUAUUUCCAGGUAAAGGGUCUUUGUUCUGUCAAAGUUAAACAUAGUUUACAACCAGAGGAAUCUAAAAGUGUUCCUCAGAGUACGGCAGUAGCUACAAGCCCAAAACUUCGAAGUACAAACUCCAAUCAAGGUCACUCCAAUCAAACACCCAGUGUUUCUCCUAGGUCAGUAAAUAAUAACACACCCAAUAGAACAGAAAUAGAAAGCAAACAAAUAACCAAAGUGGUGGAGGAUGAACAUUUUUCCCAUAAUUCAGAAAACACUAAUUCAUUUGAGAAGAAUAUGAAAACUAGAUUAGCACAACUCAGCGAUUCUGAACAACCUGUGAAAAAGAAACCAAAAUCUCAGAUUGUAUUCAAGGAAGAAUUUUCCCAUGAAAUGAAAAGUUGUCUUGAUAACAAAUCAGUAUCCAGGGAAGAUAAGGAAGUGAAAAAAAAUAUUGGGAUAUUGGAAAAUGCAAAUUUUAAAGAUAUACCAAAAAGUGGUUUAACAUAUGUUUCUGAAAAAAAAGAGGUGGGUUCGACUGUACCUGCCAUAGAAGAAACAAUAGAUGUAAAACCUGAGAAAAUUCCUCGACCAGCAAAUGCUUUCAUGAUUUUUGCAAAUGAGUGGCGAAAAAAAUUGUCGGUGGAGCAUCCAGGAGACAACAGUAAAAGCAUAUCCGUUAAACUUGGCAACUUAUGGAAAUCAUUGAGUUCAGAAACAAGAGAGUCUUAUUAUUCUGCAGCACGACAAGCACAACUUGAACACCAGUUGAAAUAUCCUGGGUACUAUGUACAUAUGCCAGCUUCAACAAAGAUAAAUAUGAUGGAAAGGCGUAAAACCGUUGAUGGAAUAGACUCUUCAGAUCUCAAAGAGUCGGAUGAGGAUUUGCAAAUAAUCGAAAAUCAAGAGGAUGUAUCUAAUGGGACAAAUAUACCGCACCCUUGACCAUAAGAAAAUAAAGCCUCGUACUGAAAAAACCUUCCGUUGUAAUCAAAUGAAAGCCAUCAGAGUAGUUCAUUAGUAUUUAUUGAAAUUCAUCCGAAAAAAAACAAUAUAGUAACUUCUUUUCAUGUAAAUGUUUUGUCAAUUAUAUGUAUAAAGUAUU